AUGGUAUCUGUGGCCCAGCAGCUCGAGCAAAGCUUGUUCAUCGCCACUUCGAAGACUGUACAUAGUCGGACGCAACUUGCCGACAGGAUACUGUUCGAAUGCAACGCGACUGGAGGCAUUACUAAUGCGCGCGCAUCGAGAGACAACAUUCAGGCCUACGACAUCCCAACGACGGAGAUGCUGCCAUCGCAACAGCCACAUCCAUCACCGCCAAACGUCAUAUCAGUGUCAAGCAAUGGGGAUGUACUGCUGUCUGCAUCCCCUGCACCGCCCACGUUAUACAUACAAGAUAGACGAUGGAGAGGCAGUGCGCCAGUGAAAUUCCAACCCACAGACGCCGAGACACCUGUCAGUUGCGCUGCGUUUUCGGGCCCUCACACUCCGACCGACAACCUACAUACGAGCUUCGUCCUGGGUUUUCGAGACGGCAAGAUGGCAAUGUAUCGACUCUUUCUGCCUACAAUGCCAGAACAGCGCAAACAAUGCGAAUUGGGGGGUGUGCGAACAUUUGAUUUGCAACCAGUCAGGAUCGGUGCGAUCAAGAAACUGCACAAGGCGUCUAUGGGAGGAGUGGUCGCUGCUGAAUUCGUACCGGGCUACACAUCACGCAUCAUCAGCAUCGGGCAUGAUGGACGCUGCCGGCUCCAUGUUGCUGGCCCGGCAACCUGUCUAUCAGUUGUUGCCGAUGGCCCGCAUACAUCACAAGGCAGAAAGGAUGGCACAGUUCUGUUUGGAGGCGACGCGGCAGAAGAGAAUGACGAAAUCUACGAAGGAUUGCAGACCCUCAUCGCGAUCGGUACGGAGUCUGGUAAAGUCUUCAUCUUCAACUGUCUUGGGCUACUUGUGCACGAUAUUGCCAUGGAACAGCCCAUCAUAGCGCUCGAAUGGGUUGGAGAUAUGUCUGCGCCUUCGCUAUUGCCGAAUCAUAUCUCGUCCAUGUCGCCAGAACCACAACCGGUUGUGGAUACGACAAUUGUAGACAUUGAAGAAUCGUCAGACGAAGAGCUUGGGACUAUGAGGAGAAACUUACCGGUAUCUGGACAUGCCAUUCCAGCACUCAAUAACAUAUCAGCUGGGCCAGACCUAUUCUCUGCCGAUCAUAUGUCUGCACAGCCAUCACGCAGACCCUCAGCUAUAUCGGCCGGCUCACCAUUUCGGACCCGAUGUACGCGCCACCAAGCGCAAAGAAAGUUUAUGAAUCGCCCUCGCAUUGUUACAGAUACUUUUCAAUCGCCCCUCACGUCCUCAAAUCGCCCUUCUGACCUUAUACUGGCAGCUACAUCCGCACUGCCCACACCCCCCUUGCGAGAAACUCGCAACUGGCCAAAAUAUCGCACCCCAUCCACCCUACCGCCAGCAUCUUAUGCCCGCCGCCUCCCAUCUUCCUCCGCAUCACCUACUCGCGACACAGAAUUCUUCACACCUCCAUCAACUAGACGGGACAAAUCCAGAAUACUCUCCCAACUCUCCAACCUACGCGCGUCCGCGAAAGACGCGGCGCAGCCUCCAGCAUCAUCACCAGCAUCAUCAACAAGUCUUCUCCCCGACACGUCUCCAGCUUCAAUCACCAGCACCCCCUGGCAGCGUCGCCUCACCUCUCUCGCGCCAAAACGGCAUUGCACUGUUGAAGCGCCCUCGACACCUGACCUCCGCACAACGAGUAGUAUAUACUCCCAACCCUCUCCUCCAGUGCGCACCAGCACCAGCAAUAGAUUGCAGCAUCUCGAACCACGCACAAGCACCAGCACACCCCCCUGGCUCUCAUCCCCCUCCUCCCCACGCUCACACUUUGCGUCCAAACUCAAGCUCGAAUCCACUGUCAACUACCUUGCGGAGAUACCCGAUUCCGAAUCACCGACGAGUUUGUAUUCAAGGGGGUUGGGAUUGUUGGAUGGACAGAGCUUUUCGCAGCCCGGUGGAUCUACAUUGUCUGCGGAUGAGCUGCAGAAGGUCAAGGGGCUGAGGAGUUCGAAGGUGAGCGGGAAGACGUGUUUGGAUGAGAUUGUGAGGUCGAGGAGGGAUAUUGAAAAGUUGGAGAGGGAGAUGGAGGGGUUAAGGGGAGAGAUGAAGGAUAUUAGGGAGUUGUUGUUGGCGCGGAAGUGA